ACUAACUUAAUUUACAUAGGAAAACGAGCCAAGAUCAGAGCAGGGGUGCAUUCCUCUAGAGACAGCGCCAGGUGUUUUGGACAUUAGGGCCCUAUUAUAGACACUGGGGUCUGAUUUUGGAUACCAGUGUCAGAAUUAGGUUAAUAGUGUCUGAUUAUAGACACUAGUGUCCAAUUUAGGCACUAAUGUCCGAUUGUAGACACUAAUAUCGUUGUUUGACACCAAUGUCCGAUUUUGCAUACUAGUGUCCGAUUUUUGACACUAGUGCUCGUUAUUAUCUGAUCUUGGUUACUAGUGUCUGAUUUUAGAAGCUAUUAUCCGAUUUUAGACACCAGUGUCUGAGUUUUGAAGCUCUAACUGAUAUUAUUUAGUGUUUUCUUUUUGACUCUCAUUCCAUUUCGCACGUUAUCGGAAAGUUGACACUAGUUACCAAUCCUUCUCGGAAUCCAAUAUGGUGGACGAAAGGUUUCUGAGGCGAACGACCACUGACGUAUCUUAACAUCACUUUUUUUUACUUCAAUCGUGGAAUAUUUUCCAUGGAUAACAAACGGCCAUCGUGGUCGUUACCUUCACGUCAAUCGCAAGAUGAGGUGUUUCUCACUCAAGAAAACUACAAGAAAUACUCUUGUCGCCCAUCGUUCGUGGAAUAUCUAGAGAAGCAUCUAAAAUCAGAAAAAGAUCGAGAAAAAACUGUUCAAAAUAAUCAUGAUGACACGAAAGCAGAUGUCUCCAUAAGGACACAGGACGGUUCAGAAACCACUGAGAAAGGAGCUAGAAGCAAAGGUGCUGAGAAAGGUAGAGCUAAGAGUACCCCAACUUUUUUGGGCCCAUCAUUGGAAUUCCCUGUUAUGUCAAAAGUCAGCAUUGAAAGUCAGAAGAUGUUUGUUGAAAUGUUGGAAGCGUUAAGAUCUGGUCAGCUGGCCAAAGUCGAUCUGCAAGAAAUAAAAGCCAUUCAGGAUAUUAAGAAUACAGUGAUGCUAGAACAAGGUGAUUAUCAACAGUUUGUGCGUCGCCAUGCAAAAGUCAACCAUCACUUGUACAACUUUAUCCACCCUGAUGUCUGGGAUGACUUCAAGGCUGACAUUGACGGAAGAGUGACAGAAAGGGUCAACAAGUAUCAGCGUCAUUAUUCCUUGCAUGGAACCAUUGGCUUAUCUGUUGGAGCUGUUUUCAAAUCAGAUGCAGUUCUCACUUUCGAGCAAACACUGCUGCAAGUGGGAAAUAUUCCAAAGCUUUCUUUGCCUGAAGACACAGACCUUACACUAUUAGAGACAGGGCUAACUGUUCCAGAUGCGAAGUCAGUGCAAGAAAAGACAAAGUCUAGUAAGGUUGUGAGUGAGGACCCGAUUGCUGUCAGUCUGGCCAGGAAGCAUAAAGUUGACAUUGUAAUCUCAUCAAGUGGACUGAACAUUCUCCUGGAUAAUCAGCCUCCUGAUUAUGGCAGGCAGUGGCAGUUGCCUGUCACUGUUCAGCGAGUACAAGAUGACCAUGAAAAAAUUUGCGCUCACAGAGUGGUGUUUGUGGACAAGCCUUUUCCUCCACAGAAAGUCACACCUCGUGAUGUUAACGUGAAGUUUUUCAAGCGUGCCUUACGCAGGUUAGUGUGUCAUAAAAACAGCAAAGAAAACAAAACAGCUGACGAUGGCAGAGAAAAAACUAUUAGCUCCAAUGGGAGCGGCACACAAAUAAUGGAGGUGGAAAAAACGGCGGCCGAUGUUUGUAGUGAAGAGUUUUCUUCCACCGCGGCGACUAAUUCCGAAAGACGGAAGCGUCGAGUUACUGAUGAAGAGAGGCAGUGCUCUGAGGUGAAGAAAUCAAAAAUAUCUGAUGGUGCCUUGAAACCUAAAGUUGAGAAUCUCGACGAAAACGAGACGUGUGAAGAGUAUGAUGAAAAAUUCUUCGUUUACAAUCUGUGGAGAUUCGGGAAGUUCAAAGUCUUGAUACGAUGCAGUGUGGAUGCCUAUGCAGAGCAACAAAAUAAACAAAAGUGCUAUACCUUUUUCAGUGUUCUCCCAAAACUCGAAUACCAUCCUGACUUCGGUCACGAAAAACUGUCGCACGAUGAGGCUGGACGGUUUUGGCUAAACAGCUUCAUCCGCCAGAAUACCAGAAUCGUUUGCGGCAGAAUUAAUGUUUACAAUUCAAAACUGCUUCGAGUUGACGAACUAUCCAUCAACGAUAUUCUUCAGCAAGGGACGGGUUUUAAUCCGGCACAGGGAAUGAAAAUGGUGUUUCAGGUUUUCCAAGCAUUGAAGAGAUUGCCUGAGGCUAGUUACAUUCUGUCUCACAAAGCUGGAGAGAUCCACGACUGUUUGUACAAAAGUGUUCAUUGGCAGUCCGGGUCUGUAAAAUCUUCGUAUGAUCUUCAGAAAACGAGGGCGCCUAUUAGUGUGUUGCAUUACACCGAGGGAGAUAUUCCCAGCGUCGCCAUGGAUUGCAAUUUGUUCAUGCCGUGGCAGAUCAGUCAAAAGAGAAUCCCAUGCACAUUUCCUCCUGUCUCGGAGAGAGAAUUAGCCAUGAUGACAAAUGCUGAGGCACAACAGAUUGCGGCCGCAAAUACUUCAAAGAAAAACAAGAAGAAAAGCAAAAAGGGAAAGGAGAGUAAAAAAGGAAGAAAUCAGGGGCCUGCAACGAAAAAAUCUAACCCGGGAGCCGGGGCUGAACAGUCAUGGAAUGCUAAUAAGAAACGUAAACCAGUUGCCAAAGGGAAAGGGAAGAUCUUUGCAACUUUUGACGACACCCAGCCGGCAGAGAAAGAGAGUGAAAUCUUUGCAGUGUCCAGGCGAGCUUCAGGCGCAAUUCUUUAUGAUGAUCUUGUCUUAUAAAGAGUGAAGAAAAAAGAUGAAGAAAGAACAAUGAAAGAAGAAAGGAGUAAAAGGAAAAUUGUUAGCAACUUGUACCAAAAUUACAUAUGAUGCACGAUCCUCGCA